GUGAUGCCUGCCGCCCCAUCUCCCUCCCGGCCAUUACUCCGCCACGCUGCGCCGCCAGCGCCCAGCCGCCCACCUCCGCCGCCCAGCUAAAAAUCCCCGGGCCGUACGUCCCUGAGCACCCGUUUGUUCAGACAUGGCCGGAGCCAGCCAGACGUCGUCGUGGUAGCCGUAGCCCACGCCCCCGCUCGCCGCCCGCUUCCUCCCGUUCCUCCCACUCCUCCGGGAUCGCCGAUUCUCGAGCUGAGCUGUGCGAUGGAUCAGGAGCGCAGCCCCAGGGGCAAUGCUCGGCGGAGCGGGAGCGGCGGCGCGUCGUCUUCGAAGCACAAGAGCGCCGGCGGCGGCAGGAAGCCGAUCAAGGUGCUUUACAUCGACAACCCCAUGCGCGUCAAGACCAGCGCCGCGGGUUUCCGCGCCCUCGUGCAGGAGCUCACCGGCCGCCACGCCGACCCCUCCAAGUACAGCCCCGACGACCUUGACUCCGGCGGCGUCGCCCAGGGGCUGAGCCCCAGGGGCGCGGACGCGUCGUCGGAAACCAUCGUCGCAAGCCCAAGCCCCAGGCCUGGCAAUAAUAAGGCGGCGGCGGCGGACGGCGGGGACUACUACGAUGGCGAGGACGACGACGAGGACGGCUUCAGGUCGCAGCUGCUGCUGGAGAACAACUAUACGGUGUUCUCGCCGCCGACGCUGCUCUACGACCAUCACCUGCACACCAAGGCUACUUCUGAAUCAGAGGCUGGCUUCACAAGGGAGCUUGACAAUGUUUGGUCCAAAUGAAGCUGAACAAGUUAAUACAACUAUAGCUACCAAUGAUUUCAGUGAGGAGCACGACACAAGUACUAUUGAGUGUUUUUUUCUGAAAGAACUCAGAUAUGUAUCGUGCUAUUGUUCAUCUUCUUUUGCGAUGCACUAUCUCUGAAGUAACAGUAAAACUAAAUCGAUGAGGUCAUGCUAGGCUUUUUUUGUCUAGCGCCGGACAGUAAACUCUUUUUCUGUUCCUAACAAAAUUACAUUAUUCUUUUUCUCUAGGACAAUACUGCUACAAGAGACUACAACCAUGAAUGCGAAGAUGAUUACGACAAUGGUGGUGAAGGCUAUGACCAUGAAGCUGACAAUGAUUAUGGCAAUUAUGAUGAUGAAGACUAUGGCUCUAAUUAAAGGGCAUGGUGACUUCUGACUUGAUUAUGACUUUUCGUGAUGGGGGAAGGAUAUACACUUAACACUUCCAUCUGUCCAUUGCAUUAAGCAAUUUAUUAUCUUAUGCCUAAGAUGUUCUAGACAACCACUCUAACUCGCAUAUUGGUCCUACUUAGAAGCAUGUUACCUGCUACUUUGUUCACGCUGAUUAUUGCUUCCUUCUGUACAUGUUGAAUUUGGAAGGAAAACCAUGUAAAACGGUGCUGGUUGUGAAAUAGUACUAGAAUGGUCGAUGUCCGCGCAAUAUAUGUCUACUGUUUCUCUUA